AUGGGUCCCACGCUAGCAUCAGAUUCCUUCCUCACCAUCAACGACCUCUUUCUCAAAACAAGACCUCACCCUGAUUCCUCUGCCUCGUCCUCAUCUUCAAGACACUCUCCCAAUCACGGAAGGAUCCUCAGCUUUACCGGCCAAGUCAUCUAUACCCUCAGCAACACAUCUCAUACGAUCGUCAACCCUGCAGAUAGGAACACGCUGUCUUUGCCUAGUUCACACGACUUGGAUCGGUUUCCUCUUCAUAAACAGGCUCGCUGGCUUUUCAGAAAAAAAUCUAAUGGUCAUUCACUUGAUCAUAUCGUAUGGUUGAGGGAUCCCCGGCCUUCCUCGCUGGCCGGCAGUACACGGCCAGCAAUAAAUCCCAAGCAACACUCCGCAGCGAUACCGAAGGAUGAACCAGCUAGGAAGGUGGAUACAUUGACGGAGAAUCACUCAUUUGGUAAUGGAAUGCACGUCAAGGUACAGGAGCCCAACGAUCGCGUCCUUUUAAUUCUGGAUUCAGACGAUGAGGAGAACGAAAAGCACUUGAAGAGGGGCAAGCAGCAUCAGCAAGCACAGGAGCCAAAGAAGGAGAGUUCCAAUAAGGACGGCACUUAUUCUGAUACGGGCGAUCAUUCAUCUGUUAUCUCCUGGUCCGACUCCAACGCAUCCUCCUCCGAAUCCGACACUGACGAUGAUCUCGAGGAGCAGAAUAUCCCUGAACGCGUUGUCGCCGUCCUUUUAAGCGACGCCUUUGAUCAGAACAGGAUCAACCGUGUGGAAUCUCUCUCAAUAUCAGCAAUCAAUCCAGGAGACCAACUCUUUGUUACGGAUGCCUUGGUAUUGGUGGACGAGUUUGACUCAAAUAUGGUGCUUUCCUGUGUGGGGAUUCCUGAUAAGACAAAAUUUCUCAUCAUGCCAGCAUCUCCGAGCAAGGAAGCGAAGCGGACGAAAUUAAUCAAAGCGCAGGGAGGAGGAAUGAAGCGACCAAGGACCGAGCAGAGCAGCCAAGGUGUACAGGUAAUAGAUCUGUUCGCAAGCGGACAAAGACAGCAACAGCAGCGGAACGAGGGAUCCAAAAAGCGGAUAUCUGUUAGUAGCCCAAGUCCCGACACACCUAUGAACCGUGGUAUCAAUUCAGAAGGUGUCAAGAAGGUUUGCCAGGAAACCACCAGGUCUGGGCGACACAGUACACCUGCUUUGAAUUUCAGGCAGCGUCAGGAUCGUGCUCGAGGGCUGAACGCGCUCGAUCUUCUCGUCCCAACAAUUCAUAAUCGGCAUAACGGUGAUCCCAAUUGUCGGGUCAACAAGGACAAAACAUCCAAGGUCGACUACUUUUCGACGCUCUGGUGCGAGGCACCCAUCACUGCUGCGACCUCUGUUCAUCCGAGAUCCGAAGCUCCAACAACAAGCGACAGCAGCAACAGCCGAACCGGAUCGCACAAUGCAAGCGGCAGUACCAGGACCAUUACGCGACACAUCUGUUGGCUGACUAGGAUUGACCGCGCGCUUCUCAGAGCCAUCUGUGCGGAAUGCUCGAAUGUCUACAAGAAUCUGGAGUGCGUGUUUGGUUGCCAAUCAAGGAAAUGGCGUCUUGAUAUCCAAAUGGAAUGCUCGGUAUCCGAUGGAACAGCCGAGGUACAGCUGCUGGUGCUGAAAGAUCUGCAGGAUGUGAUGUGGACCCUUCUGGGAGUCAUGAAGAAGGCCACUGACGAGCCUUCAGGUCAAGUCGGAUCCAGUCUUGAUAUUGCGUCUGGAGCAACUGAGCACAAAUGCAGAGAGGACGCAAAUGGAGCAAGUUUAGGUGGAUUGGUGAAUCACACAAAUUCUGCCUUGACUUCAUCCCAGUUUACGGACGCAUAUCAGGACGUGAGGAACAAGGUACUCCGGAUUGUCGCGCGACGAGGCGAGCUGUCAUUUAGGACGGGCCCUCUUCUGCCAAAAACGAUCAAUAAUCAAAAGGGAGGCUCCAAAAGUGCCAUCAAACCAAUGUCUGGUCAAAUCUCGCUUCCCUCUGUCACGUCCGUUGGUGGAUUUGUCGAGAGUAUCGAUCAAGAUGAAUCGCAUCGUGCCAAAGCAGAAGAAAAAUUGUGGCUCGAUAUCUGCUCCGGGCGCCCUCGCACGCGAGACAAGUUCUUGUUACACGCUACAACCGCCCCUGGUCUAGGUGCUCCAGCGCAGUCUUUGACGGUGGCAGGUUCGUCUUCAGCUGUAACACCAGCAGUAUCGACGGCCACAGGAGGAAAGAAUACACAGCUGAGGACAUCGUUUGUGAAGAUGAAUAGACAUACGACGAUAAUGACGCUCGUCCGUCCUCCGCUUGUGCUCCGAGCGGUGGAUGUGGAGCGAAUUGGGUCCCAGACUGAGGCCAUGAUCCUGAUGGAGCAACUUCAAAACGCUUCUCUUUGA